ACACUUAGACAAGUGCUGUGAUGAGGAAAUAUCAGGUUAUAUGAAGAGCCUCCACCAAUAUAAUUUCAAAUUUGUCUUCUGAGAGGAGGAAAUAUCAGGCGUUUAAAGAGUGUUCUUUGUGACAGAACUGUUCAACUAUAGCUCGAUGUAGAUGUCUGAUUCCUUGAUUAUACAGACAAUGGAUUCCGAUCCUCCUGCAUACGGCCAACAUACCAGUUAUGGCACCGCGGCACCCUCCACUCCUGGAACUACCCCCGCUCCACUCUUUAAGGGACCGGACGUUAAGGGACCGCAGAAUGGGGAGACGUCAAAUGGUUCCGUGCAUCCAAACUAUACCUAUGAGGAGCUGAGCGACACGUUUACAUGCCCCACCUGUCAGGGCACGGGCAAGAUACCUAGAGGACGUGAAGAUGACCUUGUAGCCUUGAUUCCAUACAGCGAUGCAAGAUUGAAACCUCGAAGAACGGUUCGCUACGUGUUCCUCUCCAUAUUCAUCUGUGCCCUCAUAGCAGGCGUCCUGAUAGCCUUUCUCUUGCCAAGACCGAUAUUGUUUGAGCAGAAGGGCAAGGUCGACACAGUCUUUACCAGCUAUAACCAAUCGGUGCCAACCAUGACGUUGGUCCUGGAGAGCCAGUUUGAUAUCUACAACUACAAUUUUGCGUCCCUGGACGGUCAGACCUUGACCAUUACAGUCAGCUGGAGUGAGCAGACGAUUGGGACCAACAUUACAAUCCUGAACAACACUAUAACUGGACGUCACGAUUAUUUGCUUUCUGGAAAUGUGACUGUAAUCUUGACAGACAGUGCCUGGGUUGCCCAUUGUGUGGACAGCUCAAUAACCCAUUUGAUAUACAUGCAGUUCAUGGCAACUUUGCAGUACGGCCUCUUAUCACAGAGUCAGCAGUCUACUAUCACGUACUACCGAACCGUAAGCUGUCGACCCAUCAACGAAAUCGUAGAGCCUCCUUCGCCAUCAUCUAAAUAUCUGUGAUGCACGGCCCUAUGGGUUAUCAGUGUCUGUGAUAUGGUGUUAUAUUGAAGAAGAAAAAAAUUGCGCUUCAAAAUGAUCAAGAAGUGCCUUAAAAAA